UGUCACAAAUUGCCGUUCUCCUUGGAAAGUUCUAAUAGUAUGAGAGAUGCCACUCUGUAGAGACAAUAACAUUUAUUAAAUUAUUCCACAGAGACGUCUUAUUCAAUGGAGAAGAUGCUGGGGGAACUCCUGUUGCUUCUCAGCGAGAGAGUCCAAUAAAAAUAAUAUUGUUGUCGACACACACAAAACCUCGUGUGUUUCGUUCACUUACGUACAUACGUACAGUCGGUCAUUCAAAGUCCAUUCGAUAGGUCGUGUUGUUGUUGCCGUGAGUUUUGAAUUGUCGACGGAGCGAUUUUUUCAACACUCUAAUUCGGUAAAAGUGCGAUUUUUACGUUUCUUAACGCGAUCGCUGUUGCACAGGGUCAGUUUGGUUUGGUUUGGCAAAUUUUGGCGAAGUGCGAGUGUAAGGUCGAAAAAUCGUGGAAGUAACCGUUGAAAGUAAGAAGGGGGCUGUCAAAAUGGGUCUCUUUGAAGCAGACUCAGACUCGCCCAUGUCUGGUAGUGCGGGCGUUUCGACGGGGAGCGCAGGAACUAAUGGAGCUCUAACAGCUACACUCUCCCAUGCAGGAACGGGGGGAGUACCCAGCGCAGCUCUGGGCCAACAGCACUGUGCCAUCUGCGGGGACAGAGCCACAGGCAAGCACUACGGGGCUGCGUCAUGCGAUGGCUGCAAGGGGUUUUUCAGGAGAAGCGUGAGGAAGAAUCAUCUGUAUACUUGCAGAUUUAACCGAAAUUGUGUGGUGGAUAAAGACAAAAGGAACCAGUGUCGAUAUUGCAGACUUCGGAAAUGCUUUAAGGCUGGAAUGAAAAAAGAAGCCGUUCAAAAUGAAAGAGAUAGGAUAAGUUGUCGGAGACCCAGCUACGAAGAAAAUAAUCAAAACAACGGACUGUCUGUCAGUUCCUUGUUAAACGCCGAGAUGUUAUCGAGACAAGUUGGAGCAGCACUCGAACAAAUUGGUUCGAACCCUGUUAAUGAUUAUGACCUGUCGGGAAGGCAGCAGGCUAGCCUAAACGACGUAUGUGAUUCGAUGAAACAGCAACUACUGAUUCUAGUUGAAUGGGCUAAAUACAUUCCAGCUUUUACAGAGCUACAAUUGGACGACCAAGUUGCUUUGUUAAGGGCACACGCAGGGGAACAUUUGUUACUAGGCUUAGCCAGGAGAUCGAUGCAUCUGAAAGACGUUUUACUGUUAGGGAACAACUGUAUAAUUACCAAACACACGGCUACAGCUCCUGACCGCAGCCCUGCAGAUUUUAACAUAUCCAGAAUAGGAAGUCGAAUCAUAGACGAACUAGUCAAACCUAUGACCGAUGUUCAAAUUGACGAUACUGAAUUUGCAUGUGUGAAAGCAAUUGUGUUUUUUGAUCCUAACGCAAAGGGCCUAAGCGAACCGGCGAGGAUCAAACAGCUGCGCUACCAAAUCCAGAUCAACCUGGAGGACUACAUCAGCGACAGACAGUACGACAGCAGAGGACGUUUCGGCGAGCUCCUCCUCACCUUGCCCCCUCUCCAAUCGAUCACGUGGCAAAUGAUCGAGCAAAUCCAAUUCGCCAAACUGUUCGGCGUGGCCCAUAUCGACAAUCUACUCCAGGAAAUGCUCUUAGGAGGUGGAAUUGAUAAUAGUCCAACUUUGGUUGUACCUCCAAACCAAGAACCUACAUCCCCCACGCAACCCAUGAACGGGUACCACGGGGCCACUAGCGACUCUACUGACAGUCCUGUGACGUCACCAACCACCACCCCUAGCAGUCCUGCUGACGAGUUGAUCAAUGGAGGAGGCGUGGCAAGUCCCCUAGCUACAGCGACAUCUAGUGUUUUAAUAAUGAGGGACAUGGGCGAAUUAGAAGAACCUUACAGAAUGGCUUUUAAACCAGAACCAAUCAAAGAGGAACAGCAUGGAUUUUGAAUACAAAUUAAAAACAGGAACCUUAAAAACUAGACAUUUUAGUUAUUACUGAUAUUACUGCGAUGGACGUAUAUUUAAAAAAAUAUAUAAUUUUCUUCCUUUUGAAGAAAACCUGUUUUAAGGUAUCAAAUAUCUAAACCUGUCGAAAAUAUGGUGCUAAAUGAAAUUGAAUAGAUAUUUUAAAGAUAUUGAGGCAAAACGAGAUUACCUUAAAAAGCAGAAAGAACUGAUUUUAAUCUACCUUAAUUGGUGCUAUAGUGAUAACAAAUCAAAUUUUAAUAUUACUAGAAUUCAAGAACUGAAAUUUAUAUUCUUAUAACUAAAUACCUUCUGUAUACAGUGGCGUGCAUAUAGUGUAGGCAAAAAAGGCGUUACCUACCACAGACAAAAUUAUAAAACUUUUUUUUUCAUAUCAUUACAUUAUAACUCAGUACUAAUCUUAAUCUUACUUUCUAUUCUAGAGAUUUUGUCUGUGAAUAACUAAGAUACCAAAUAAGAUUUAAAUCAUUUUCGACUACUGUCGAUAACGCUUAAUUCGCGUAAGGGGAGGCGGAUUGAUUUACUUUAUAUUGUCUUUAAUGGGAUAUUCAAGGCUGCCUCUUUGCGAAUCCUCCAGAAGGCCAAUGUGUAGGUAAGAUAUAGAAUAAGGAAGUAUCGCGUGAUUUAAUUUCGUCGGCGUUGACCGUUGUCCUGCGCAGUGUUGCCAAAUCUUAAUUGUUUUCCCUAAUUUAGUGUAAAAAAUAAUUAUUAGAUUGAUUACUUAAUGAAUUACUAAUGCCAUUCUUAUUUUAUUAUUUUACCAAUUUUUGCCUGCCCUACUUGAUUUGCACUGCACGCCACUGUCUGUAUAUUACUUUAUUCCCAAAGGAAACAAUUUUAAACAUUUAAUUUUCUUCCCUUAUAAUUAAAUUUUUACAAGUUAACUAAUUUUCUCCUAUCCAAAUUAGACUCUCGAGUGCUGAUAAAAUUUUAUAUUUCUAAUAUUCUUUACAUUUCAUAAAUUUAUUUCGAUAUUUUUACAAAUACAGUCUAACCUCUUUAAUUGGAACACACGUUAAUCGGGAUAUUCAAUAAUCGGAACAUCCCAAUUGUGAUGUAAUAGUCGCAGUCGGAACGAUACCUCUAUAAUAGGAACGUUACUCUAAAGACUUUGUUAAAAGACGUCAUUUACGUAGCACGGUGUCUUCUUGCACGUCUUUCACUUUCAUCCCUCUUUGAGUAACAAGUUUUUCAAUUUGAAUGUGUAAAUCAGUUGAUUCGUGAAUCAGUACUUUCAUUAAAACGAAAACAUUUUAACGUUGUAAAUUAAAAAGCUAAAGCAUGUCAAAAAUUAUUCGUAAAAUGGAGAUUUUCGUGUAUUCCAAGUGCUCAAGGAUGCCUUCAAAGGUUUAAUAAAAAAAAUAACGUUCAAUAACAAUGUCUAAACAAUGAACAACAGCUCAAUAAAUAAUGUCUAAACCUUUAGGGGGGUAAACCAAGGGCAUCACAGUAUAUGAUUCCGAAGUAUCAUAUUUUUUACUAAAAGAGCUUCGUAGGCAAGGUGCAUUACACAAGAACAUAAACAGGGAAUUACAAGAUUUUUUAAAAAUUCUUCAACUAAAUAUCAGUCCAAAACAAUGACGUGUAUUUUUCUCUGUACAAAAGUUGGACGUUUACUUUUGAUUUUUAUUAUUUUUACAAGAGAGUAUUUUAUAUUUGUAGAAAACAGUUUGGCGCUAUUUUUAAUGUAUAUAUUGCUUAAUCGGAACGAUGUGUUAAUCGGAAUAGGUUGUUACAAUUAGGUAUUCUGAUUAAAGAGGUUGCACUUAUUACAGCGCUUUCAGAUGGAGCGGACCGUCCGGUCCGUGAUGUUUUUUCAAGAUAGCCCUUGGACCAACUCCGUCGGACGGAGCAUACGCGACCAUGUGAAAUUGUUCAUAUAAACUCAUGGUAC